AUAAAAAAAAUUAAGUUGCAUUUCUAUAAAACAUCUAACCACUAAUUAUGAAUACAAUUAAUAAUUUUAAUUACAAAUAUCAUUUCAAUUAAUUUAUUCAAAGUGAUUUUAUAUAAAUAAGUGACAAGUGGUAGUGACUACAAUGGAAAAUAAUAUUCAAGAAAACGAAGUGGAUUAUACCCAAAAGAUAAAUAUGCUAACGGAACAAAUUCAUCAAUUAGAAAAUGAAAAGAAAACUAUUAGCGAGGAAUUUAAUGUUCAACGAGCUAAAAUGAAAGAACUUUUUCUACAAAAAGAAGCUGAAUUAAAACAAAAUGCCGCAGAGAAGUUAGCAUUACGCGAAGAAGUGAAAAAAAUUCAAACGGAAUUGAAUGAGACUCGUAGUCAAUUAUGUGUGGCCGAUUUACGUUUAGAAUCAGAUUUGGAAGUGGAAAAACGUAAGGCACAAGAGGAAAUUGCAACAUUACAACAAUUAUUUCAAGAAACUAUGGAGGAAUCAACAUGUUCACGUUCAAUGUAUGACACGGAAUUGAAAAAAUUGAAGUUAUUCACACAACAAUUGCAAACUGAAAAUAGUGAAUUACGAUCGUUGAUGCAGCAGAAUUCACCACACCAUACGUCUUCGGAAUCAACGAGUUUAGCGCCAAGUAUCAUGUUAAGUGCGGUUACAAAAACUCUGGCACGAAAAUUAGGAGCUGAUGCACAUUCAAAUCAAGAAAAUUUAGAAGAAAGUAUGAGACGGGCUCAAGAAGAUGCAGAAGUCUUAAGAUCAUUGGUUGUGCCGUUAGAAGAGGAGAUUCAUGCACUUAAAGAUAAAUUACGCUCAACGGAUGAACAAUUACAACAGUGUCGUUUAUGUGGCCACAAUGCUGAUAACAAGAGUAUAGGGCGUACGGGCAGUAGUACAGAAACAUCACCAAUUAAGGAUGCUAAAUCAACAUCUAAUAAAUUAGUAGAUAUUUCUAAUGCGGAGGCAACAUCUCCUUCUGUUAAUAGUACUCUAACAACACAACUAAAUACAUCAACGUCUAGUCAAAAUUAUGAAGAUGAUGAUAAAAAGUCAUCAUCUCCUAUACCCACCUGUGAUAUGUGUAACAAUUAUGAAACUCAGCUUGUACAAGAACAACAAAAUGUGAAUGAACUUAGAAAAAAAUUGGUAGCUGCUGAGAAAAUAUUAGAACGACAAAAAGAGGAUUUAACAAAAGAAAUUAGUUUUCGUAAAGAUAUGGAAGAAAAAUGGAACGAGAAAAAAGAAGAACAUAAAGAAAAGGUUGCUGAAUUAAAUAAAAAAACAUUAUGCGCUGAACAAGAUCUUCAAGAAUUACGACAGACAUUUGAACAAACACAAAUGGAGAUCACAGAACAAUUAACAAGAUUAACGAAAGAACGAGAACAAGUGCGUGAACAUUUAAAUAAAGUUCAACAAGAGAAUGAUAAUUUGAUUGGUAAGCAUAGUAUUCAUUCGCAACAGUUGCAAAGCGAAAUGAUUAAUCUUCCAAGUGAUGUUGAUGAACUUCAGUUAGUGUUAUUAAAAUCCCAUGAAGAUUUAAUAACAGCAAGUGUUGCGAAAGAGGUGGCAUUAGAACAACAGGAAUCAUUACGAUGUGAGAUACAAUUAAUGCGUGAUCAAAUGAUUAUAGAGCAGCAAACACGACAAGAAUUGGAAAAUACAUUGGUUGCUGAAAAUGAUUCUUUAAAACAAGAAUUACAUCGAAUCACUAAAGAUUCGGCGUCAACACUUGAAUUACAAAGAAAUUUAGUAGAAGCUUUAAGAAUUAAAAAAAUAUUAGAAGAACAUAAUAGUGAAUUAAAAUCUCGUGUUAGUGCAUUACAACAAGAACUAGAUAAUAGUGAACAAGUGCAAAAGGAUUUUGUACGAUUAUCACAAUCAUUACAAGUUGAAUUAGAAAAAAUACGUGCAUCUGAUACACAAGUUCGGUGGCAAUAUGAAGAAGAUAUUGAAGAAUGUCCUGGAUGCCGUAAUCCCUUUGUAGGACAACGUAAAAAAAUACAUUGUCGUCAUUGUGGGCAAAUAUUUUGUAUAAAUUGUUUAUCACAUACGGUAUUAAGUGGUCCAAAUCGGAGACCAUCAAAAGUUUGUGGUGUUUGUCAUACGUUAUUAAAUCGUAAUACAGCACCAUAUUUUAGUACAGAAGCUCCACAUUUACCUGAUUAAUUUUAACAAAUGAAAAUCAUUUGUUUUGUUGUUUUUAGAGGGAGAGACGUUACUACUACUUCAUUAGUGUAAUUAAAAA